AUGUCUUGGCAGCCCGAUCCACAAGCUAUCGAGCAGCUCAAACAUAUCUUUCGAGGCACAUUAUCUACAAAUAACGAGGAGCGAAGACUUGCCAAUGAUGCCUUGACCCAGGCCAGAGAGAACCAUGAAUUUGAAAACUACUUGUUGACUUUGCUCGUGUAUGAUACCACAACUAGAGCAGACGUUCGUGCAGCAGCGGGAAUGAAUUUGAAGAAUUCCAUCAUGAAGAAUAAAGAUGGCCAAGGAAUCGACCGCAGUUAUCUCAUGUCAAAUGUCAUGAAUGGGUUGAGAAGUUCAGAUGCGUUGGUUAGAAACAUUACUGGGAAUGUCAUUACUUCGCUUUUUUCUAUUUACGGAUUAGACCAUUGGAGUUCAGCCUUAUCCGACCUUUUGCAGCUUGCACAACAGGGGAAUUUGGGUGCAGAUAAUGGUUCUGGUGAAGAUUUCAAGACACAAGAGGCAGCAAUGAGUGCACUUGCCAAGAUUUGCGAGGAUUCUUUUUACGAACUCAGUAGAGAGGCCAACAAUGGAGGCGAAAGGCCUUUGGAUUACCUCAUGAAUGAGUUUCUCAAAUUGAUGGAUUCACCUAGCAUAAAGGUCAAGGCAUUUGCUGUUCAUUGUAUCAACCAGUUCAUUCUUCUUAAUACCCAAUCAUUCCUUGUGAUCUUGGAUCACUACUUAAAUAAGAUUUUUACUUUGGCACAAGAGACUGAUGCCGACAAAAGCUCUCUGGGAGAAGAGCUUAAGAAGAAUAUAUGUACAUCUUUCCUUUGGAUCUUGGAGACAAGACCAGAUAAAAUGGUGCCACACUUGGAUGGGGUAAUCCAUUAUUGUACGCACUUGAUGCAGACGGUUGAUCAAGACGAAGCUGUUGCUUUAGAGGCGUGUGAGUUUAUGUUAGCAUUGGCCACAAAUCCGGAGUUCUCUAGAGCAUUUACAACUGAGAAAUUAAAGACUAUAUUGCCCCUUUUGUUAACAAAGAUGGUUUAUUCUGAAGAGGAGAUUAUGUCAAUAGAGUUGAGCGAUGAUCGUGACGAUGCCAACAUGGCGGAUAAAGAUGAGGAUAUUAAACCAACAAAUGCAAAAACAAAAGAUGCGCGUACAGCAAAUGGAACAGAAAGACGGGAUAACAUUGGUGGCGGGGGUAGCAACAAUGAGGCUAACACUGAUAGCAACAAAGGAAAUGAUCUUAAUGGUUUUGGUAACUCCAAAAAAUCUGUCAAUGGGAACGACGCCAACGCCGAUGACGACUCCAACGACGAUGAAGAAGAAGAAUAUGAUGACGAUGACGAUGAAGAGAUUGGUCAAUGGACUCUAAGGAAGUGUGCUGCCGCUACUUUGGACGUGUUAAGUGAGAACCUUGCUCAGGAAGUGCUCUUGGUUGCAUUACCCAUAUUGCAGGAAAGAAUUGUUUCUGAGCAUUGGCCUGUUCGAGAAGCGGCAAUUUUGGCAUUUGGUGCAAUGAGCUUGAGUUUUACGAAAUUUGCUAGCGACAAAUUACCGCAGCUAGUUCCCUUUUUAGUCGAUAGACUUCAAGAUCAACAGCCAAGAGUACGGCAAAUUACAUGCUGGACGUUAUCGAGGUAUGCGCUGUGGGUGAGCCAAGAAGCUCAUGAAGGUGGCGAAUAUGCAAACUAUUUCCAACCCACAUUUCAGUCCAUUGUUGGCUGUGUCUUGGACUCAAAGAAAGUCGUACAGGAGGCUGCAUGUUCAGCUCUUGCCUCAUUCAUUGAAGAGAGUGAUUCGUCAUUAAUCGUUUUCUACUUGGAGCCACUUUUGGAGCAAUUUGCAAAAUGUUUUCAAAUGUACCAGAGAAAGAACUUGAUUAUCUUGUACGACUGUGUACAGACGUUUGUUGAGAAAAUGGGGUAUGAGAACUUAUCAUAUGAUCCCAAGUAUACAUCAACUUUGUUACCUCCAUUGUUGCAAAGGUGGGAACUGCUAGAUGAUGAUGAUAAUGCAUUGUGGCCCUUGCUUGAAUGUAUGGCGUCGGUUGCGGCAACAUUGAAAGAAUUAUUUGCACCUUAUGCAGUUCCAGUCUAUGACCGAGCUCUUCGAAUCUUAUCAAACUGUAUUUUGAUGGAUCAAAAUUGUCAAACUGAUCCUUCGAUUGAUAUACCCGAGAAGGACUUUAUGGUUACCUCAUUAGAUUUAAUCGAUGGCUUGGUACAAGGAUUCGAAUACCAAUCAAUAGAUUUGAUCCAACGAGACCUGUCAUCAUCGAAUGACUUACUCAACCUUUUACUCGCUUGCUUUGAAGAUUACAAUUCAGAUGUCAGGCAAUCCGCAUUUGCUCUCUUGGGUGAUUUGGCUAUCUAUGUUAUUGACGUUUUGAAGCCAUACUUGCAUCUGAUAUUUCUUAGUAUUGGUAAAGAAAUUACGAAUAGAUCCAGUGAGACAUUCCCAGUGUACAACAAUGCUAUCUGGGCAUUGGGUGAGAUGGUGAUUAGACUUUCAGAGCAGGAGACAAAACCAUAUUUGGAAAACUUUAUCAAUUUGUUGGUCCCCAUACUUAAUAGCCAGGAUACAGAGUCUACAGUGUUGGAAAACUGUGCAGUCACAUUGGGAAGAAUUGGCCUCAUUGGUUCUGAGGUGAUAGCACCACGAUUGGUGGAGUUUAUCUUACCUUGGUCUAAAAAUUUUGUUCAUCUCGAUGACAACGAAGAAAAACAAACAGGAUUACAAGGUAUGAUCAAAUCCAUUAGUCUUAAUCCAGAUAACGGAUUUGGGGGAUUAAACACACAACAAGGGCGUAAAAGACUUGCCAAAUUCUUAGAAGUAUUGGCAAACUACCAGGAUGCAAACAGUGAGCUUCAAACACUCUUUUUGUCCUUAAUCACCAACUUUAAAUCUUUAAUUGGAGAUGAUGCGUGGAACAACGAGUUACUCAAAUUUGUUGACCCCUCCUUGAGACAAGCCUUGACAUUUUAG